UUUUCCCCCCCUAUAAUGAAUCUGUCCCGUCUCCUGUAGAAGAAGCUUGCGACAAAGGGCGGUAAAAAAAAGAAGCAAGUUCUGAAGUUCACUCUGGAUUGUACUCAUCCCGUAGAAGAUGGUAUUAUGGACGCUGCCAACUUUGAACAGUUCUUGCAAGAACGAAUCAAAGUGAAUGGCAAAGCCGGGAAUCUUGGUGGAGGAGCAGUCACUAUCGAGAGGAGCAAAAGCAAGAUCACGGUGACCUCCGAGGUCCCGUUUUCCAAGAGGUAUCUCAAGUACCUCACUAAGAAAUAUCUAAAGAAAAAUAACUUGCGCGACUGGCUACGUGUGGUUGCCAACAGCAAGGAGAGUUACGAAUUGCGAUAUUUCCAGAUUAACCAGGACGAGGAGGAAGAGGAGGAGGAAGAUUAGAUACAAAGAGACCUGGAACUAUUUUGUACAUUCACUUUUCCUGAAAUAAAAUUGUGGUAGAAAUUGUUCUAA